AUGAGUGACGAUAAAACCUUGACUAAAAUUCCUCACUUUGAAGGUCACUACGAUCAUUGGAGUGAGCUGAUGGAGAAUCUCCUUAGAGCUAAAGGUCUUUGGAGCUUGAUAGAGAAUGGUUUUGAAGAACCAAAGCAGGAAACGAGACUGACAGAGGCACAGCAGGCCCAACUUGACGAUGCGAAAACCAAGGAUCAUCAAGUGAAGCAUUAUCUAUUUCAAGCAAUAGAUAGGACAGUCUUUGAACAGAUUCUGGAUCGCCGGACAGCAAAAAUAGUCUGGGAUUCAUUGAAGAAGAAGUUUGGUGGAAAUUUGAAAGUGAAGAAAUCUCUUCUUAACGCAUUACGAAGGGAAUUUGAGGUUCUUGAAAUGAAACGAGAUGAGACUAUCACUGAAUAUUUUGCAAGGGUAAUGGUGGUAGCAAACAAAAUGAGAAGUAAUGGAGAAGAAAUGACGGAUACCAAAAUUGUUGAGAAAAUUUUGCGUACCCUCACAGAUAAAUUCACUUAUGUCUGUGUAUCCAUUGAAGAGUCAAAAGAUAUUGAAACCAUGUCUGUUGAUGAACUCCAGAGCACCUUGGUGGUUCACGAACAAAAAUUCCGACGUGUGCACAGGGAAGACGAAGACCAGGUGCUGAAAAUUGAAGGCCGCUCAAACUCGACCACAGAGGAAGAGGCUCCUAUAGAGGACGGGGACGAGGUAGAGGCAGAGCUGUGUUUAACAAAGCUACCGUUGAAUGUUACAAAUGCCAUGAUUUAG